AUGUUCAAGUUUCUGAGGAGAAAUAAACAACAGCCUCAGCCAGAAGCAAACCAUGAAGAGAGGCCAACAACCCCUGAACAACCUGUAGUCGACAAUGUGGACCAUCUUGAAGAAGUUUUAAAACCUUUGUUUGAAACUGUCAAACCCACAGUACCAGAGGAUUAUUUUGGUAUGUAAAUGUUUGCAAAGUUGAGCAAAGUGCACCAAUGUUUUCCAAAUGUCUCAAGUCAAAGCAUACACAGGGGCGUAGCUAGGGGGGGGUCCUGGGGUGCCCGUGACCCCCCCUUGGUAGGCCUUCUUUUGAGCAAACAACCUACAGUAUUCAAGUGGCGAAAACGCCAUGACAAUAUCUUGGCCGUAAAAGCCAUUGUUGAAAAGCCCACUUUUUUAAAAUUUGUUUUUUUGUAAGGUAUUUUCAUCAACGGCUCUUUUCUUUAGUUAAUAUGGGCCUUCAUGAGGGUCUUAAUGGGGUUAACCGAUAGGCGUAAAACGGCCAAAAAUUUAGUCGAUAGCCGUAAAAAUUGAAAAAUUUUAACCGUUAACUGUAAAUAGGGAAAAAAAAGAGUUAACCGUAAACUUGUUCCCUAGAUUUGUUAAUUUUAAGGAAGGUGCCAAACUCACUUAUGGUUGCGUUAUUUAUUUCCCGGCUACUUUGACUCCGUACGCACGUUAGGCCAAGCGCCUUUUAGUAGUGACCUAGACCUAAACUCCAUUUCCGCCGCUCUCUCGGGGAACGAAUUGUUUCCAUAGUGAAAAUCUGGCUUCUUGCUGGGGACUAAAAUUUGCGAUUUUCAGAAGGUCCUUGCCUCCGGCGAAAUACUAGUGAAAGAACACCUAGAGAUGUCACUGUUUGUAAAACACGUUGCCGAUAAACAACAAUUCCCUGCUUUUCUCUGAUGCUAAGGUAGACAUUGCCAUGCUAGUCCCUGUUCGGCGUCUUCCCACGCAAUCUCGGUGAAGGCAUUUCGGUGGCGUAUCUGAGGAAAAAACUCGCUCGAGCCACGUGACCCGAAACGCAUUAGACGCGCGGAAUAAUGAGGCCUAUGCGAUGGACAAGGCAACGGCAGGCAGUCUUAUUUCGGUACAGUCCUUCGCUAUCAUUAAAAACACUGGACACGGGAAUUUCGUUAUUGGCCGUUUUCAAACUAGAGCUAGAAAUGGAUCAUCCGACUGAGCCUAGCCUGUGCACAGUCGCCCCCUCCCCAACAGACACCCCCAAAGGACACCCCUUCUCCGAUUUUUUUCUGAGGGGAGGGGGCGGCUGUACACAGGCUAUCUGAAACGGAUAAUCCAUCUUCAAACUGUCCGUCAAAAUUUACGGAUAAAAUCAGGCCAAGAGACCAGGCGGAUUGUUCAUUCAAAAUUAAAACCCUUUCCAUUUCAAAUUAAGACAUAUGACGUAUUACCUAUCUCACAGAGAUGGCCGUUUUCACACUGGCGACCCAUUAUUUGUAUGAGAUGGGUACGGAUAACCCAUCUCAUACAAAUAAUGGGUCGCCAGUGUGAAAACGGCCAUCUCUGUUGUAAUGAAUGUCCCCCUCCCCCCGCCUUGAGUUGGGCGUUCGCGUGUCUGCUUUUGCUUUUUCACAAAGAUUAUUUUUAAAUUGACUAUUGACAUUUCUAUGCGUAAAAUAAUAUUAAAAAUGGAAUACUUUAUAGGUAGUAUGAUCUAUCAAAUGUUAAAAUUUUUAGAAUAACUUCAUUUUAUCCCGAGAUGAUCCUAAGACCUUUAUUUUCCUUUGAAGAUACAAAAAAUACAGGUUUAUUAAUAUUCAACUCUUUGAAAUAAAAGAAAUUAAUUUUUAACUUUUUGUUAACCGUAACUGAAAAAAAUUAACCGAUAGCCGUAAAAGAACCAAAAUUUUAGCCGAUAACCGUAAAAGCCACCACCCCAUUGAGACCCUCCUUCAUGCCGCGAUAAUACGACUGAGCACUCUGAUAUACGAGGGAGAGCAGCAGGUGAGUAGCCUCUGUGACCCCCCCUUUGAAAAAUCCUGGCUACGCCCCUGAUACAUUCUCUGAGCUCCCUAGGCUGCAUUAAUGUUUACCACGGCGGGGGUGGGGGCGUUGGGGAGGGGGGGGGGUGCAGAAGGGCAGGAAGAGGGGAUGACAAUUUUUUUAGAUGCCAAUUUUUCUUUUGGCAAAGAGGGGUGAUGUCAAAAAAUUCUGUAUGGUGUGGGGGGGUAUGGACAAAUUUUGCCUCUUUAAUAUAGAUAUAGGCGCUAGAGCAAAGACGGGGAAAGAGGAAAGGGAGGGAGGAGGAGCUGACACUGUUGUGUAAGUGCUACAUGUAUGAGGUCAUUAACCCAGUAGUUUAUGGUCAAGUCACUUGAAAGUUGUCUUGCCCGAAACCAGAGUUAUGUCGCCCAAAGUUUGCAGUGAUGUUGCCCAAUAUCCUAAGUCAUGUGGCACAAAAUUUCAUCAUGCUCAAAGAGAUCCUCAAAAACUAAACUGAAAGAUAUAUCCAAAAUUUAUGUAUGCAAAUAUGACAAAAAAGCUCGAGUGAAAUACAAAACUGUGAAACUGGUUGUUCGUUUGAUAACUCAGAGACUUAACAAGAUUGUAAUUUUAAAAUGAAACAACAGGAAUAUCAGUUUCUACAGUAAAGUUCUGUUGUUGUUUCAUAUGUUGAAGCAUUUUGUUUUUUAAAGAAGGUCCACAGCACUUGCUUAAGAACCAGCUGCAAAAGUUUUAUGUUGUUUUGAAUUUACUGUGAUAAAGUAAAAGGAAUCGCUAAGAGUCUAACAACAGGAAUAAUUUAAUUUCUAUGAAAUUUAAGUUAUCUCACUUGCGCUAGCUAUAAAACUGGAGGGCAAUAGCGCUUUAACAACAACACAACAUAACGUGCGCAUUGGUUAACUAAGUUUGUUGUUGGAAACAAACAACGCAUUGAGUAUUUACUCAUGUCUCAGUACUUGAUGUAUUUUUAUGAUCUGUGUAGCAAUUCUGAUCAUUGCAAGUUUUCUGUGAACUAGAAACUGUAGAAUACUGCUUGAUGGAUCAGCAACUAAGGUCAUGUUCUAAAUGACCUACCUUCAGCUCUUUACUCAGUUUUAGUUCAAAAAAGCAACGAACAACGCUGAAUUGGUGUGCUGGAGAUCAACAGCACUAUUUUAGUCUUUGUUCAACAUCACAUUUGCAUAAGUUACCAGACACAGUUGAGUUAUGACAUUUCUCGAAUUUCUUACAAUAUACUUAAGAUGUAACUUUUAUUCAAGUUUAUACACUCGAUAAAAUUUUGGACGACUUGACUAAGGAUAUCGGGCAUCAUGACCAUAAAUUUCGUGGAACAUAACUCUGGUUUCAGGCAACAUGACUUCGUGUGAGAUGACUUUCUGUCCACUUGACCAGUUACCAACCCAGUAUUUAGAUGAACAUUUUUUUUUCUGGGAGGGGGGUGGGGAGGUGAUAGGUGAUGAUAAAAUCCAAGAUGCUAAGAUUGUCAUGAGUUACUGGUAGUUACUAGCAGUUAAUGGUAGCUAGUCGCUCUAAGCAGACACCUCUACAAGAUUGUUACUUCCUUAAAACAAAUAUGUGGAGUUGGCCUUUCUUCAUUGAUAUUAUUUGACCCUUUAUAAGGCAUACGCCUCUCUUAAAUGAGCACUAAUGAUUAUUAUAGUCCCAACAGUCUGUAGUCUAUUAAAGUCUCACAUUAACCAGCCAUCAAACAGCAGUACCUUGUUUAAAGUUCCAUUUGAACUUAGUCCGAACAUUGAAAUUUAUCCCACAAACAUAAAAUAUGUUCAUUAUAAUGAUAAAAUUAUUGUUUUUGACUGUAAGGGUGGAGGGAUGAAGACAGCUUUCAUUUUGACCAUGCAUGAUGUAUUAACUUUUUCAGUUCCUAUAUCAGAAGUGGAACGACUCUGGUCAAGGUUCCAACAGCUUGGUCCCAAUGAUGAAGGAACUGUGGAAAGCGAAGUAUUCCAACAUCCCUCAUUUACCUCAGAUCCAUUUUUAAGACAGGUAAAUAACGUUGUGCCAAUGUAAAAUACAGAAAAUAUUUUGAUACUUAAGAAGUACAACUGUAAAUUACUAAAGCUACACUGUGUUAUAAGUGCUCAGGAAUUUUAUAAGCUGAAAGUAUACAAAAGAUUAGACAAUAAAUUAUUUGGAUGUGCCAUGAUAAACAACAAUAAUUUCAAGGGCAAAAUUAUUGUGCCCUUGAAAUUAAUAUUUUGUUAUUUGAUAGUGGAAGGUGUUGCACUCUCCAAAUGAACAACUUAUAUUUAAUGUUUUAUUCCAAGUAUAAACUCAUCCGUACUGUGUUAUUACAUUUUCAAAAAUGUAUGGUCUCAUCUUUUACUUCCUGGUAAAUUCAUUACGAUACACAGUCACUUAAAUGUUAUGCAGCAUUCAACCACAUGUCACCUACUCUACAAAGAGAUGGGGCUGAGAAGAAGGGAAAAAUUAUUAAGAAAGAAAAUUCAGAAAAUGUCCUGCUUAAGGCAGGAAUCACAGUGUUCAAUGGUAAAGAAAUCACAACAGAAACCUUAUUCCUUCCUUACAAACUAUGUAGACUGACUUGCUGUGGACACCAAGAUCCUUGUUUGAAAAAUUGAAACCUUUCAGGAAAAAAGUUCCAAGUUCCAAAUUCCAAGUUCAAACGAAACACACUAAACUGAUAUUUUGAGACUCAUCACAAAACUUCCACAGUUUUAAAAUAUGGUCAAAGUUUUUCAAGACUCAUAAUUAAAUUUUUCUAUUUGUACGAUUCAUCAUUUCUGCUAUAAUACACUGGUGUCAAUAUACAUGUGCUAGUAAAAACAAUGUCUUCUCCAUUACAUGUAAUUCAGAUUCAGUUAUUUAGCCCUUUUAUGUCUAUCAUUUAAACGUUUCUUUGUGGCUCUGUGACUGGAGAAAUUGAUAAGUGUGUCCACAUUAUCAUCAAUCAACUUGUGUGAAUUCUUUACUCUUACAGUACACAAUGAUAAUCCUGGCCUCCAUGCUGUUUUUCAACAAUUGACCACUGUGUUCUGUUUGUUUAAUAAGGUUUGGAGAACAUUUCCUACAGAUGAAAAUGGCAAUGUGAAUUUUCAAUCUUUUGUUGGUGUUCUGAUGUGGUGGAAAACUGCUCCUUUGGAACAAAAGUUGGAAGGUAUUUUUCUUGCAAAUGUGGAAAUAAACAGUUAAAUUGGUUAUUUGGUAUUACAUAAUUACGGUGUUUGAUUCUUUCAGGUAUUUUUAAGCUCCUCAACAAAGCACAGCCACUAGAUGUUCCUGCAUUACAGAAAGUUAUCAUGAAACUGGACAGUGGUGUUCAUGAAGUAUGUACCACAUAACAUGCAUAGUAGUAAUGCUUAAGCCUGGGUAUCCUGUGGCAUACGGCAGUCAAUUUAAAGCAUUUAAUAAAGCAGUAAAAAGUUCAUUCUGCAGGACAGAAGGUACAGGUGGAAUUUUGACUGCUAAGGCUCCACCGCUUCCCAGCAUAAUAAUUAUUAUGUAAUUAUUAAGUUACCAUAAAACUCUGAAAAUAACAUUCCUCCUUAAAAUAAUGUCUAAUUUUACCUUCUUAUUGAAUCCUGAAGGUAAUGGCCCUUUGAAAAUUACCACUCAACCACACUAGAGUAUCAUAUUAAAUCUGAUGUAACGUUUGAAGAGUGUAACUGUUUUUAAAAAAAAUCUCCUGUUUUUUAAAAAAAUCUCCACUCUGAAAGAAUUUCACUUUGAUACAAACAUCAUAGGAUUAUGACACACAGUUGACAAAAUGUUGAUAUUAUAUGUGAUCAUGAAACAAUUUAACAUUUAUCAAUUACUUUGAUGAUAAACACCAGUAAUUGCAUCCCUUUAUACAACUGGCAUGAUAUGAGUAGUUAUGUAUUCCUUAAGAAGCCUGUUUUAUUUUUGAGAAACAUUUUGCAGUCCCGGAGAAUUCAUGUUUUCCCCCGCACAGUUCCAUAAAGCCCCCCUCACAGCCCGAGAAAAUGAGCGUGUGCGAUCUGAGAGAAGAGGGAGAGCGUGGUGCGAGUGGCCCCGGGGCCCCCCCCUUUAAAAAAGCCGGGCUCCGCCCCUAAUACCUUCCUAUCGCCCCCUAGGUUGCUUUAUUGUUUCCCGCGGGGGGGGGGGGGGGGUUGGGGGGGGGGGGGGGUGCAGAAGGGCAGGAAGAGGGGAUGACAAUUUUUUUAGAUGCCAAUUUUUCUUUUGGCAAAGAGGGGUGAUGUCAAAAAAUUCUGUAUGGUGUGGGGGGGUAUGGACAAAUUUUGCCUCUUUAAUAUAGAUAUAGGCGCUAGAGCAAAGACGGGGAAAGAGGAAAGGGAGGGAGGAGGAGCUGACACUGUUGUGUAAGUGCUACAUGUAUGAGGUCAUUAACCCAGUAGUUUAUGGUCAAGUCACUUGAAAGUUGUCUUGCCCGAAACCAGAGUUAUGUCGCCCAAAGUUUGCAGUGAUGUUGCCCAAUAUCCUAAGUCAUGUGGCACAAAAUUUCAUCAUGCUCAAAGAGAUCCUCAAAAACUAAACUGAAAGAUAUAUCCAAAAUUUAUGUAUGCAAAUAUGACAAAAAAGCUCGAGUGAAAUACAAAACUGUGAAACUGGUUGUUCGUUUGAUAACUCAGAGACUUAACAAGAUUGUAAUUUUAAAAUGAAACAACAGGAAUAUCAGUUUCUACAGUAAAGUUCUGUUGUUGUUUCAUAUGUUGAAGCAUUUUGUUUUUUAAAGAAGGUCCACAGCACUUGCUUAAGAACCAGCUGCAAAAGUUUUAUGUUGUUUUGAAUUUACUGUGAUAAAGUAAAAGGAAUCGCUAAGAGUCUAACAACAGGAAUAAUUUAAUUUCUAUGAAAUUUAAGUUAUCUCACUUGCGCUAGCUAUAAAACUGGAGGGCAAUAGCGCUUUAACAACAACACAACAUAACGUGCGCAUUGGUUAACUAAGUUUGUUGUUGGAAACAAACAACGCAUUGAGUAUUUACUCAUGUCUCAGUACUUGAUGUAUUUUUAUGAUCUGUGUAGCAAUUCUGAUCAUUGCAAGUUUUCUGUGAACUAGAAACUGUAGAAUACUGCUUGAUGGAUCAGCAACUAAGGUCAUGUUCUAAAUGACCUACCUUCAGCUCUUUACUCAGUUUUAGUUCAAAAAAGCAACGAACAACGCUGAAUUGGUGUGCUGGAGAUCAACAGCACUAUUUUAGUCUUUGUUCAACAUCACAUUUGCAUAAGUUACCAGACACAGUUGAGUUAUGACAUUUCUCGAAUUUCUUACAAUAUACUUAAGAUGUAACUUUUAUUCAAGUUUAUACACUCGAUAAAAUUUUGGACGACUUGACUAAGGAUAUCGGGCAUCAUGACCAUAAAUUUCGUGGAACAUAACUCUGGUUUCAGGCAACAUGACUUCGUGUGAGAUGACUUUCUGUCCACUUGACCAGUUACCAACCCAGUAUUUAGAUGAACAUUUUUUUUUCUGGGAGGGGGGUGGGGAGGUGAUAGGUGAUGAUAAAAUCCAAGAUGCUAAGAUUGUCAUGAGUUACUGGUAGUUACUAGCAGUUAAUGGUAGCUAGUCGCUCUAAGCAGACACCUCUACAAGAUUGUUACUUCCUUAAAACAAAUAUGUGGAGUUGGCCUUUCUUCAUUGAUAUUAUUUGACCCUUUAUAAGGCAUACGCCUCUCUUAAAUGAGCACUAAUGAUUAUUAUAGUCCCAACAGUCUGUAGUCUAUUAAAGUCUCACAUUAACCAGCCAUCAAACAGCAGUACCUUGUUUAAAGUUCCAUUUGAACUUAGUCCGAACAUUGAAAUUUAUCCCACAAACAUAAAAUAUGUUCAUUAUAAUGAUAAAAUUAUUGUUUUUGACUGUAAGGGUGGAGGGAUGAAGACAGCUUUCAUUUUGACCAUGCAUGAUGUAUUAACUUUUUCAGUUCCUAUAUCAGAAGUGGAACGACUCUGGUCAAGGUUCCAACAGCUUGGUCCCAAUGAUGAAGGAACUGUGGAAAGCGAAGUAUUCCAACAUCCCUCAUUUACCUCAGAUCCAUUUUUAAGACAGGUAAAUAACGUUGUGCCAAUGUAAAAUACAGAAAAUAUUUUGAUACUUAAGAAGUACAACUGUAAAUUACUAAAGCUACACUGUGUUAUAAGUGCUCAGGAAUUUUAUAAGCUGAAAGUAUACAAAAGAUUAGACAAUAAAUUAUUUGGAUGUGCCAUGAUAAACAACAAUAAUUUCAAGGGCAAAAUUAUUGUGCCCUUGAAAUUAAUAUUUUGUUAUUUGAUAGUGGAAGGUGUUGCACUCUCCAAAUGAACAACUUAUAUUUAAUGUUUUAUUCCAAGUAUAAACUCAUCCGUACUGUGUUAUUACAUUUUCAAAAAUGUAUGGUCUCAUCUUUUACUUCCUGGUAAAUUCAUUACGAUACACAGUCACUUAAAUGUUAUGCAGCAUUCAACCACAUGUCACCUACUCUACAAAGAGAUGGGGCUGAGAAGAAGGGAAAAAUUAUUAAGAAAGAAAAUUCAGAAAAUGUCCUGCUUAAGGCAGGAAUCACAGUGUUCAAUGGUAAAGAAAUCACAACAGAAACCUUAUUCCUUCCUUACAAACUAUGUAGACUGACUUGCUGUGGACACCAAGAUCCUUGUUUGAAAAAUUGAAACCUUUCAGGAAAAAAGUUCCAAGUUCCAAAUUCCAAGUUCAAACGAAACACACUAAACUGAUAUUUUGAGACUCAUCACAAAACUUCCACAGUUUUAAAAUAUGGUCAAAGUUUUUCAAGACUCAUAAUUAAAUUUUUCUAUUUGUACGAUUCAUCAUUUCUGCUAUAAUACACUGGUGUCAAUAUACAUGUGCUAGUAAAAACAAUGUCUUCUCCAUUACAUGUAAUUCAGAUUCAGUUAUUUAGCCCUUUUAUGUCUAUCAUUUAAACGUUUCUUUGUGGCUCUGUGACUGGAGAAAUUGAUAAGUGUGUCCACAUUAUCAUCAAUCAACUUGUGUGAAUUCUUUACUCUUACAGUACACAAUGAUAAUCCUGGCCUCCAUGCUGUUUUUCAACAAUUGACCACUGUGUUCUGUUUGUUUAAUAAGGUUUGGAGAACAUUUCCUACAGAUGAAAAUGGCAAUGUGAAUUUUCAAUCUUUUGUUGGUGUUCUGAUGUGGUGGAAAACUGCUCCUUUGGAACAAAAGUUGGAAGGUAUUUUUCUUGCAAAUGUGGAAAUAAACAGUUAAAUUGGUUAUUUGGUAUUACAUAAUUACGGUGUUUGAUUCUUUCAGGUAUUUUUAAGCUCCUCAACAAAGCACAGCCACUAGAUGUUCCUGCAUUACAGAAAGUUAUCAUGAAACUGGACAGUGGUGUUCAUGAAGUAUGUACCACAUAACAUGCAUAGUAGUAAUGCUUAAGCCUGGGUAUCCUGUGGCAUACGGCAGUCAAUUUAAAGCAUUUAAUAAAGCAGUAAAAAGUUCAUUCUGCAGGACAGAAGGUACAGGUGGAAUUUUGACUGCUAAGGCUCCACCGCUUCCCAGCAUAAUAAUUAUUAUGUAAUUAUUAAGUUACCAUAAAACUCUGAAAAUAACAUUCCUCCUUAAAAUAAUGUCUAAUUUUACCUUCUUAUUGAAUCCUGAAGGUAAUGGCCCUUUGAAAAUUACCACUCAACCACACUAGAGUAUCAUAUUAAAUCUGAUGUAACGUUUGAAGAGUGUAACUGUUUUUAAAAAAAAUCUCCUGUUUUUUAAAAAAAUCUCCACUCUGAAAGAAUUUCACUUUGAUACAAACAUCAUAGGAUUAUGACACACAGUUGACAAAAUGUUGAUAUUAUAUGUGAUCAUGAAACAAUUUAACAUUUAUCAAUUACUUUGAUGAUAAACACCAGUAAUUGCAUCCCUUUAUACAACUGGCAUGAUAUGAGUAGUUAUGUAUUCCUUAAGAAGCCUGUUUUAUUUUUGAGAAACAUUUUGCAGUCCCGGAGAAUUCAUGUUUUCCCCCGCACAGUUUGCUUCCAGAAUCCCAUGUAAUUUAAUUUUUUCCCCACACCCUAUCAGAAGCCUUGUAUUAGCUGAAAGUGGUGAUUUUUGGUUUCCACUUUCACUUUGAUUGAUCG